AUGUCCAAUGCAAUGGCCAUACGAGUAUCGGACACGAUGUCGAACAAGAUUGCAAUUCUCCUGGCAGUUCUAGUUGCCGUAGUAGCCUGCGUUCAGGCACAGGCCGAUCAGCGUCAUCGACUCGUUCGACCGCAGCCACGAUUCUCACCGCGACCACGUUACGCCGUUGGCCAGCGCAUCGUCGGUGGAUUCGAGAUCGACGUCUCCGAUGCUCCGUAUCAGGUGUCUUUGCAGUACAACAAGCGUCACAACUGUGGUGGAUCCGUCUUGUCCAGCAAGUGGGUUCUAACGGCUGCUCACUGCACUGCCGGAGCUUCGCCUUCGAGCUUGACUGUGCGUCUGGGAUCGUCUAAACACGCAUCGGGUGGAACCGUUGUCCGUGUUGCACGUGUCGUGCAGCACGCUGGCUACGACAGCAGUAGCAUCGAUUAUGACUACUCUCUGCUGGAGCUGGAAAGUGAGCUUACCUUCAGCGAUGAGGUGCAACCAGUUGGUCUUCCCGAACAGGAUGAAACAGUGAAGGAUGGAACCAUGACCACCGUCUCUGGCUGGGGAAAUACUCAGAGUGCUACUGAAUCGAACGCCGUUCUGCGGGCAGCCAAUGUGCCGACAGUGAAUCAAAAGGAAUGUGACAAGGCGUAUCAGUCAUUUGGAGGAGUCACUGACCGUAUGCUGUGCGCUGGAUAUCAGCAGGGUGGAAAGGACGCUUGCCAGGGAGACUCUGGUGGUCCGCUGGUCGCUGAUGGAAAGCUCGUUGGUGUCGUUUCCUGGGGCUAUGGAUGUGCUCAGGCUGGCUAUCCAGGAGUAUACUCGCGUGUGGCCGUCGUUCGUGACUGGGUUCGUAAGAACAGUGGAGUAUAA